UCAAAAUUCCUCAUAAGAAUCUUAUUACCAGUCACUCCGUGAGAAGGCGCUUUCUUCAGCAUCAGUAACGUCGUGGAUAAUCUUUAGUCUUCUACAAGGAGAUCCUGUUUUGAGUCAUACGUUUGCUUCGCGAGCAGGUGUUCAGUAACGCUCUUUCGGAAACAUGGGUAGAGUCACAUCGGCAAUAAGUCUGCUAUUGCUUUUUGCGAUUUCUUGUGUCGUCGCCCAGCAAGACGCUAAACCGGGGGCGUGCCCACCACCUGUGGCCGUUGGGAUUUGCGAUAUGAAAUGCUUUUCUGACAACGACUGUGAGGGCAGUAACAAGUGUUGUCGUACGGGCUGCGGAGGAACUGUUUGCACUAUUUCUGUCACGGCGCGAGACCAUGUUACCCGUGCGAAGCCUGGGCGGUGCCCUGAGAAGCCAACUGGUCCAUGGGUCUGUUCCAGUGCGUGUCGGAUCGAUGGGGACUGCAGAGGGCGAUCGAAGUGUUGCCAGAAUCGCUGUGGAGCGUUCGCCUGUACGAAGCCUGAAUCUUGACAACCUUCUACUAAAGCUUCAGUUAUAAAAACUCUCAGAUAUUAG